CUAGUUGUCAUAUCUGUUUUGAACUUUGAUCAAAGAUAAUUGCCAAUAAAAAUUAAAAUAUUAAGGAAACAAAUUAAUAAUUAUUACUCUAAUUUAACUUUUUUACUUUAACAAUGACUUUGAAGUUGUAUUAUGAUUUAAUGUCGCAACCAUCUAGAUCACUAUAUAUCUUACUUAAAGUUUCGAAGUGCGACUUUGAACCAAAAUUUAUUGAUUUACGUAAAGGAGAGCACUAUUCUAAUGAAUAUGCCAAAAUAAAUAGGUUUCAAAAAGUACCAGUGAUUGAUCAUAAUGGUUUUGUUCUAAGUGAAAGUGUCGCCAUACUGAGAUACCUAUCAGGAGAGAAUUUAAUACCACCUAGUUUGUAUCCGAAAGACAAUCAAAUCCGAGCUCGUGUUGAUGAAUUUUUAGAAUGGCAUCAUAUUGAGUUUAGACUUCACUUGUCUAUGUAUUUUAGAGUUAAACACAUGGACCCCAUAAUAACGGGAAUACCACCAAACCCAAAAACACUUAAAGGUUAUGAGAGAAGAUUAAUAUCAGCGUUGGAAACUUUUGAGAGUCAGUGGUUGAAAAAUGGCAGUGAAUUUAUAACUGGCAACAACAUUACUGUAGCUGAUUUGUUUGCUGCCUCCGAACUGGAACAACCAAGAAUGGCUGGUUACAAUCCAGCAGAGAGAUUUCUCAGAAUUGGAUCCUGGUGGAAGAAGGUGCGGGAACACUUCAGCCCCUAUUACGAUGAGGGUCAUGUCAUAUUGAACAAGAUUGUGAAUAAGCAAAAACAACAAAGCUCUAAAUUGUAAUAUAAAUAUAACUAUUAAAUCUAGUUCUAAGAUAUUCCAGUCAAUGUGACAAGUACUUAAAAUAUAAAAUCAUAUAUAUAUCUUUCUAUAUUAUAUAGUGUUUAUUCCAGUCGUUUUGACACAACUUUUGUGAUAAGUAGUGGUAACUUUUUUUUGGACGUAUUUUAAUAUUUUUGUAUAAUAUAUACAUAUUUUAUGGCAUUUUGUGGGUAGUUUUAUAACUAUGGCUCUGUUAUUGUACACUUGUUUUACGAUACGUGAAUAAAAUUUUUUGAAAUAAA